GCGGAGACACACGUACGAACCACGUGGUCGCGUACGACGCAUGCGCGGCACGUGCAUCCGAGUCUAACCUCGCUAACUAUGAAUGUACCAUCAUUCUUCGCGACUGAUCUACGAACGUCACAUCUGUAAGAUCGUUACGUCAAUUAUCGGGUGUGAUUCCAACUGAUUAAACGCGGAUAUAUCACGUGCAUGUAAUUUUCGUAACAAAGUGAAUUUGUCGAACGAACGAAGCGGCAGAAGAAAGGGGGGUUAUCCGCUCUGUCACGGUGGCAGUGGGGGAGAGACGGGUGACCACCGAGCCUACUCUAUACUCCGAUCCGGUGCAGCCCCAUUAAGAAACGAUCGACGCACGCGAUCACAUGUCGGCGCGCGCGUAACGUGCGCGUAUUCCGUAUUCCGUAAGGUUCGCGAACAUAAGAGUCUUCGUGACGGCGAUAUCCUGUUAUCGAACGUCGUAUCGGCAACGCAACGUGUUGGCGGUUAGUGGUGCGAGGUAGAAAAAGGAAGAGAGAGAAAGGAAAGCGAGAAGAAAGUAUCGCGCGACAUCGUGGCGGCGGAUCGGAGCGCGCUUACGAGCGAGUGACUCCUUUCUCGCGAUCAUGGACGAAUACGAGAGUCUACCGACCAACUCCGUGGUCGUCCACAUGACGGCCGGUGCCCUAGCCGGGAUCAUGGAACAUUGCGUCAUGUAUCCGUUCGACAGUGUGAAGACAAGAAUGCAGGCGUUAAUUCCUGGCCCAGGAGGAGGAGGAGGAGUGGGGGAAGUAUUGUAUAGAAUGAUACAACAAGAAGGUGUAUUAAGGCCAAUUAGAGGUGUCAGUGCAGUGGUUGCUGGAGCUGGACCUGCGCAUGCUUUAUACUUUUCUUGUUACGAAUGUCUUAAAGAAAAAUUCAAGAGUACGAGGUCCCAAUUUAAUCAUCUUGUCUAUGGAGCAGCUGGUUGUGUAGCAACAAUUUUACAUGAUGGUGUCAUGAAUCCAGCAGAAGUUGUGAAACAGCGAUUGCAGAUGUAUAAUUCUCCCUAUAGGAAUGUAUUAAAUUGCAUACAGCAUAUAUAUCAAAAAGAAGGGAUAUUUGCAUUCUACAGAAGUUACACGACUCAAUUGGCUAUGAAUGUGCCUUUUCAAAGUAUUCAUUUCAUUUCGUAUGAAUUUGUACAAUCCAUUACAAACCCAGAGCAUGUUUACAAUCCAAUAGCACAUAUCGGAUCUGGUGCGACAGCUGGUGCGAUCGCGGCUGCGGCGACAACUCCUCUAGACGUUUGCAAGACAGUGUUGAACACUCAGCAAGACGGCGUGCAAGCUAAGGGUAUGAUGGAUGCAUUUAGACAGGUCUACAGGUAUGGCGGUAUACAAGGAUACUUCCGUGGAUUACGCGCACGUGUUUUAUUUCAAGCACCAGCUACUGCCAUUUGUUGGGUGAUAUACGAGUCAUUUAAAUACGUGUUACGUGGCAAGCAAGAUGAUGAAUACAGUGGCUCCGACGCCGACAGUGGUACAAUUGGAAUUAAUCAAAAUCUGACAUCGAGAUCCAAUAGCUUUCAAGGAACAGGUCUGUAUUUUAACAACCAUGCUACAUCACCUGUAUUACUUAAAGUAACUACGAGUUAGGUAUAUAAGAGAAAUUACACUAUUGAUCGAUUAAGAGAGACAGAAUUGUUUCAUUAUCCGAAAAAGUUGGUGAUAAAAAUCUCUUCUUUUAUGAGAGUUUAGCGACAAUGAAUAACAGAUAUCUUGUUGAUUGAUUUUUUUUUUUUUAUUAAUUCCUUAUUAUUACAGCAUUUUUAUAAAAGUCGCGAAAAAAAUAUGAUGCUAAAGAAAGACAAUAUUACGCAAAAGCAUCGAAUAUGAGUAUAGAGAAUAUUAAGUUAAUAUAUGUCAAUAAACUUGUUGAAUGACUGCAUAAAAUGAUCACUUCGUAUAACGACGUUAAUAAACCUUUUUAUUUUAUUUUUUGAUUCCUUUAAGUAUCAAACAAGAACAAUUAAUUUCAAAAAGCAAAAUUCAAGUGCAAAAUAGAAAAAUAUUAUUUCAUUAUCCUUUAUAUUAUUAUAUUUUAUACUUAUAACAUGCUUAUAUAUAUCAUAUUUUUUUAUGUGUGGUGGUAUAAAAAUAUCGCUCUACUACUUUACACAAUAAUUAUAUAAAACAGUUUUGUUCAUUAGCUAUACAUUAAAUUUGGAAUCAUGAAAUAAUUAUUUAUCAAUCCUGAUAAAACACUUGCUGCUAUUCUAUAUGUAUCUAAUGGAAAUAAAAUGUCAUUACCGGUUAUACUAUUCAUAUGGAGUAUCAAUGAUAUUCACCAAAUAAUUUUAGUUAAUAUAAUAUAUAUCAAUUUUUAAGAGUAAAACUUUAUCUGUGUAUUAUUUGUCUUAUAUUAGAAUCUGUCUAUUAAUUUAUAAACAAAUUAAUACGCGCUAUUUACAAUCUAAUUUGUUCAUAUUUAGCUGAUUUAAGUAAAUUUGAAUACUUUGUUAAUAAUUUGUUGAUAAUAAUUUUUUUUCAAUCUGUCGAGUCUGUUGAGUCAUACAGUUGAGAGAUACUUCUAAAAACACCGAGCAAAUUUACAAUAUAAAAAUAGAUCUAUCUAUAUUUGGUAAAUACAAAUAAAAUGCCACUGAAGGCAUAAUGCUAUGAAAAGUGUUCACAUCACACUUUGUGAGCAUUUUCCAGUAUAGAAAUCGAGUGUUUUUUUAAAAACAAAAAAAGAUAUGCUUCACUUGAAUAAUGAAACUAAAAUAGCGCAAUUAGAUUGAAGUCCAUUCUCCAAUAGUGUACCAUUAAGUAAGUUAAGAAAACAGUGGGAUGCAUACGAGAAUUCUGUCGAUAUUAUAUUUUAGAGCAUAAUUAAGUGCGCAUAAUUAUAAUUAAUGUGGAUUUUAAUUUCGCAAAUAUAAAUACACAAAAUUAGACAACUCAUAAUUAAAAUUAUUAACAAUGCAAGAUCAUUUGGUACUCAACAUUCAAAAAUUACUGAGACUAAUGAAAUCUUGAUGAGAAUCUUUGAGAUUGCGAUGUAACUUUAUAUAUUUAGACUGUAGAUACAAAUAUGGAUUGGAGUGAAUUAAAUUAAUGUAGGACAUGAUUUACUCUAAAGCUUAGAGGAAUCAUAUGCAAUGUAAAGUAAUUAUUUUAUAGAAGAUUGUAGAUAAAACUAUAUAAUAUUACACACACAUAUAUAUAUAUAGUACAUAUAUAUAUGUACAGUAAAAAAAAAAGAAAGAAAAACCAGUGCAGAAGACAUGAAACUAUUAUUUGUACAAGUACACGAUUUUUCUUGAUUAUUCAAGUACAAAUGAUAAAUGCUCCUUAGUCACUUUGUAAUAUAAAAAUAAAAUAUCUAAACCAUUAUACAUAUAUAUCACAUACAAUAUUGCUUCCUAUGGCUGUGAUUACUGAGUCAUUUGAUGUUGACUUUAAGAGGGAGUAAUAUCAUGUAAAACUCAUAUUUCACGCCAUUUAUUUAUUGUUACAAUUUUAUAUAUAUAUAUAUAUAUAUAUAUAUAUAUAUAUAUAUAUAUAUGUACCAUGUCGUUAUUGGAUAAAUUGUUUGGAUGUUGGAGCAUAGUAUUCUUAUAUAUGACAAUAUGUACGUAAAAAAGAGCAGCAUCUAAUUAAAAGUAACUUUAAAAUAUCAUUUAUUUAAAUUAUAACUAAUAGGAAAAUUGCAAAAAUUGUUUCCUUUUGCAGCUAAUUUUUCGUUUGAAAUAUCUAUGCAUGUGUGUAGAUACACUUAUUGCUCACACAUAUGCAUGUAUUUUGCACAUUACUUUAAGCAUACAAUCAUCAUGGAUUAUAGGAUAUAAUAUUGAACUUUUCAAUAUGCUUAAUCCUUUAUUUAUAAUGUUCAUUAUAUAAUUUGUUAAAUUUUAUAUUGAAUAUUUAUCUCAAAAUUGUCUAUGCAAAUUUCGAAUAAAUAUUUAUCUCUCAGGUAUAUUAUAGAAUACUGUACAUAAUACAGCAUUUCUCCUAAUAUGUUUUUGAAAUUUAUUACAUAUGCAAAUUAUUCAUAGCUACAUAUCACUAUGUUGAAUUGAUUGACUUUACAUUUUUCUUCUCAUAAAUUUAUAUUCUUUUCAGAAACAAGAGUUGUACAUAGUUGAAUAUAUAUGCUCCCACUGGUAUUAUUAUAAAGAAAUAUACACACAACACACCUAUCCACAUAUAAAUGUAGUACAUUCAUUAAGUAUAUACUAAUUUAUGUAACACAAUAAAACAUAUUAUAACGCGUAAUAACAAUGUAAAUAAACCAUUCUACAAAGUA